AUUUAAAAGGACUGUCUAAACUUAAGAAAACGGGACUAGCCCGAUUCCAAUUUUUUUAAAGUCUAUCCAAUUUUUUUAAAGUCUUACACGGCGUUGUUUUAGAUAUGCGAUGUGUAUGUUUAGAUCAGACUUGCGCUAUAUUACUCCAAGCCGAUUCGGCGAUUCCUCUCUCUAAACCUUCAGUGACAUCCAUUCUCUGCUGCGCCAUAUUACUCCAAGCCGAUUCCUCUCUCCAAACCUUGAGCAACAUCCAUUCUCUGCUGCGGACUACUUUCAAAUCGAUUGCCUACUCUCUAUUCAAUCACCAGAGCUGUGAUUUCUUGCCUAAUUGAUCGACUACCGCGCUAUUCCCUGUGUCAAGCAAGCAUCAAUAGCCGACUCGAUCCAGGUGCUUGUGGAUUUAUUCUCCUUUGGAAGUUGUUUUAUGAGUACUUGGUACAAAAUGGCUUGGACCUGGUCCCAAUCACUGUCUUCCAGUGGAGAAUAACACUUAAUGGUUGGGUUCCAUUUUUGUUACACAAAUAGUCUUAAUAAUUUACAUUGCAUACAUGCUACUAUUAAUGUAUAAAAGAUUUCAGAUUGCUCAACUCACAUUCUUUUGACGAUGCAUCUUGAUACAUAUUUAUUUUGCAGGUUGUCUUGAGCAAAUUAUCUAGACUUAAUGGUUUACCCUUCUCCCUUCACUAAGAGAAUUCAUACUUAUCUUAUCCAAAAUGUAUUUCUUGAGUUUAUCUAUUGGAAGAAAGAAAUUGGUUUAGGAUUACAAUUUCAGGUUUAGUAACUCCAUUUUGGGUACGACCAUUGGAAUGGAAUUGAUUUGGGAUUGCCAUUUUAGGUUUAGUAAUUCUAUUUUGGAUAUGAACAUACACAUUGUUCCUAAGCUGUCAAGUCAGGAUCUCUUAUAGGUUUUUGGGUUGGUGUUUCUCAUCAAAUCAGAUGUUGUUCACUACUCCGGCAUUCAAAGAAAGAACACACAUCUAUUGUACUCUUAAUAUGCAGUAAUGUUAAAUGGCUAGAAUGUUUA